AUGUUGUUUCCACUUUUCAUAUAUUUACACGUUGCUCUUCUAGGAAUCUGUCGACAAUGCCGCGAAAAGUUGAGCCCAAACGCCACAAUCCUGCAGGGUGAACAGCGAAAAGAGGUAAACACUACAUGCGUGUAGCCACAGGGUAAAUAUUAAUACAAGGAAGUACAACAAACAAGGGACAAACAGGCUUAUAAGCCAAACUAAACCAAGCGGUGUUUUUAGCAAGGCUUAACCCAGGGCUGAGAUACUGACUAUAUGGCAGUUUUCCAUAUAGAGAUUAUAAAACAAUAGAGUGGGUAUUGUGGCAAUAAUUGUGGGACAAUUCCUGAUGGCCGCAAUUUACAGUUGUAUACGUGCGAAUAUGCAGACAUCGCUAAAGAUUUAUCCUUUUAAUUCAUUAUAGGCAUCAGAUGGAGAACCUCCAGCCACAGAGUUCACUGACGAGGGAAAAAUGAACGACGAGACUAUUGCAACGCUCGUUGAAGAUCUGGAGAAGCUAGCCAUUAACCCUGAGUGUUCACUAUACCAGCCUACCUCGUCCCAGGAAGAUACUUCAGAUGACACCAGCAGUCAGGCAACGUGUGGAAGUGGUUCUCAUCCACCAGAUAAACCAGCUGAUGACGGUAAAAAACAGCAUUGGAGCGAUUCAUGGACCUGA